AAUAAUUUUCUUGCCUUAGCAAAACUCUUCCAUUCAAAUAUUUGUCUCAUAUAUCUUGUUUACUCAUUGAGACUUUCAAACACAGAAACUGAAAAGUAGCGAAGAUGUCGCAUUUGCAUUUACAGCUACACUCACAAGCACCGUCGCUCUCUUCUUCUUCAACUUCUCGUUUUUCUUUCCUUAAGCUUUUCACAAACAACACUUUCUCUUUAUCUCCAACAACAAACUCUCUUCCUUUCAAACCCUUAACUAUCAGAUGCCGCCACUCUGACGUCUUUGAAACUGGAACCAACCCUUCUAUUCCCACUUCAACCCCCAACAACAACCCUUCAGUUGGAGCUUUACCACCUAGGGUUUAUGUUGGUCAUUCCAUUUACAAGGGGAAGGCUGCUCUCACUAUCACUCCUCGACCGCCGGAGUUCAUGCCUUUGGAUUCAGGGGCAUAUAAGAUAUCUAAGGAUGGUUAUGUGCUGCUUCAGUUUGCCCCAUCGGUUGGUCCGCGCCAGUAUGAUUGGAAUAGAAAACAGGUUUUCUCGUUAUCGGUGGAUGAAAUGGGAAGUGUGAUUAGCCUUGGUGCAAGGGACCGUUGUGAAUUUUUUCAUGAUCCUUACAAGGGAAAAAGCGAUGAAGGCAAAGUCAAAAAAGUUUUGAAAGUUGAGCCUUUUCCGGAUGGUUCUGGAUUCUUCUUUAAUCUCGGUGUUCAAAACAACCUUGCGAACUUGGAAGAAAGCAUCACUCUCCCCGUAACAAAAUCAGAGUUAUCAGUUUUGAGCGCAAUUUUCAAGUUCAUCAUGCCGUACCUACUUGGUUGGCAUACCUUUGCAGACUCGAUAAAUCCGGAAUAUUCUGUGGCGGCGGCGAGUGUGGCACGCAAUGCCAACCCCAAAUAUGGAGGAGACUAUGAAUGGAGCAGAUAGGGAUAUGCUAUUUUGCUUGUAUUACACAACCCUCUUCACACUAUGAACUUCUCAACUUUUGAAAUGUCUUAAAUGGUUUUUACCUGUCAGAUUAGUUGUCUAAGGGGAAUUGCCCUGGUAACUUUUUGUUGAAAUAGAUGAGUAGGAUUCUUGGUGAUAUAAUUUUUUUAGAAAACCAAUCAGAAUCGUUAUAAAAGUUCAUCAAAAUCGAAUCAAACCAUUUCAUUUUAUCUUGAA